AUGCCAAACUCAACAAUCCAUGACGACCAACCGAAGAUGACGCCCAAAUUCGACGUCGACUAUGUUUUAGCCAAUAUCAGCGAGGACGACAAGAUCGCUCUUCUCUCCGGAAGUGACUUUUGGCACACUCAUUCCAUCCCCCAGUUCAAUGUGCCUUCAAUUCGUACCACUGACGGCCCCAAUGGUAUCCGCGGCACCAAGUUCUUUGUCGGCGUACCCGCUGCAUGUCUCCCCUGUGGCACGGCCCUAGGCGCCACGUGGGAUUGCGAUCUGCUGCAUCAAGCUGGUGUCCUGCUUGGCAAAGAAUGUCUCGCCAAAGGAGCGCAUUGCUGGCUGGGACCUACGAUCAACAUGCAGAGGUCGCCCCUGGGAGGACGCGGGUUUGAAUCGUUCGCGGAAGAUCCCCAUCUCUCGGGGAUUAUGACCAAGUCGAUCAUCCUGGGCUGCGAGAGUACAGGGGUCAUCUCCACAGUCAAGCACUACGUCGGAAAUGAUCAGGAACAUGAGCGCCGCGCCGUCGAUGUGCUGGUCACUCCUCGAGCACUACGGGAGAUCUACCUGCGUCCCUUCCAGGUUGUUGCUCGAGACGCCCAGCCCGGAGCCUUGAUGACAUCGUACAACAAAAUCAACGGAAAGCAUGUCGUCGAGAGUCCCGCCAUGUUGGAUAUUGUCCGCAAAGACUGGAACUGGGAUCCCUUGAUCAUGAGCGAUUGGUUAGGAACAUAUACCACCAUCGACUCGAUGAAUGCCGGUCUCGAUCUCGAGAUGCCGGGUCCGACGCGAUAUCGCGGAAGCCGCGCUCCUGUGUCGGCGGAGGAGACCGGCCGUGACCUGCCAGAAGACCGGGCGUUGAACCGCACGCUGUGUACGAAUAGUAUCGUUCUACUGAAAAACGAGGACAAUCUGUUGCCAUUUCCCAAAACAAUCAAGAAGAUCGCGCUGAUCGGGUCUCAUGUGAAGACUCCCGCUAUUUCAGGCGGCGGUAGUGCUUCUCUUGAACCAUACUAUGCCGUCUCUUUAUACGACGCAGUCGUCGAAGCCCUUCCUGAUGCCGAGAUUCUCUAUGAAGCCGGCGCAUAUGCCCACAAGAUGCUUCCUGUCGUUGAUCGAAUGCUCAGCAAUGCCGUCAUCCACUUCUACAAUGAGCCGCCGGAAAAGAAAGAACGCACACUACUGGCGACAGAACCGGUGGGUAACACGGCGUUUCAGUUGAUGGACUACAGCGCCCCCGGUCUCAACAGAGGUCUGUUCUGGGGUACCCUAAUCGGAGAGUUCACACCAGAUGUCUCUGGACUGUGGGACUUUGGUCUCACUGUGUUCGGUACGGCCACGCUUUUCAUUGAUGAUGAGAUGGUCAUCGACAACACCACCCGCCAAACUCGCGGAACGGCCUUUUUCGGCAAGGGAACGGUGCAGGAGGUUGGGUCGAAGCAGCUCAUUGCCGGACAAACGUAUAGGAUUCGAAUCGAGUUCGGCUCUGCCAACACCAGUCCUAUGAAAGCUAUCGGCGUGGUCCACUUUGGCGGUGGCGCCGCCCAUCUCGGUGCCUGUCUACACAUGGAUCCAGAGCAGAUGGUUGCCAAUGCGGUUAAAGUUGCGGCCGAGGCGGAUUAUACAAUUGUGUGUACGGGGCUCAACCGAGACUGGGAGUCGGAAGGAUUCGACCGUCCGGACAUGGACCUUCCUCCGGGCAUUGACGCGCUGAUUUCGUCUGUGCUUGAUGUGGCGGUUGACAGGACGGUCAUCGUUAACCAAUCCGGAACUCCUGUUACCAUGCCAUGGGCGGAUCGAGCCAGAGCAAUUGUGCAGGCAUGGUAUGGAGGCAAUGAGACCGGCCAUGGCAUUGCCGAUGUCCUAUUUGGAGAUGUCAACCCGUGUGGGAAAUUGCCUCUUUCCUGGCCGGUGGAUGUGAGGCACAAUCCCGCGUAUCUGAACUAUAUGAGCGUGGGGGGUCGAGUGCUCUAUGGCGAGGAUGUGUAUAUGGGAUAUCGAUUCUACGAGAAGGUUGGCCGCGAGGUCUUGUUUCCGUUUGGAUAUGGUUUAUCAUACACGACCUUCAGUGUCUCUCCUGAGGCGACCGUAUCUCCGACUGUCUUCUCAUCGGACAGUCCACCCACUGCCAGAGUCAUAGUCAAGAAUACCGGUCCAGUGGCAGGAGCGCAGAUCCUACAGCUUUACAUUGCCGCGCCCCAUUCAGCAACUCCACGCCCUGUUAAGGAACUGCACGGAUUCACCAAGGUGUUCCUACAGCCUGGAGAGCAGAUAACAGUGGGUAUCCCCAUUGACAAAUACGCGACCAGCUUGUGGGACGAGAUCGAGGAUAUGUGGAAGAGCGAAGAGGGCGUCUAUCAGGUGCUGAUUGGGACUUCGAGUCAGGAGAUUGUUUCCCGAGGAGAGUUUAGGAUCAUCGCUGCUGCCGUCGGCGUUGGAACGGUGACCAUCAAAACCGACUGGGCCUGGAGAAUUCCGUCGCUCCUUCAGAUUGCACCGGCGAUGGUGCAGAUUGCCUUUAUCCUCCUCCUUCCCGAAAGCCCUCGGUAUCUGAUCAGUAAAGAUCGCCACGAGGAGGCCUUUGACAUCCUGACCAAAUACCACGCCGAGGGAGAUCGCAGCUCGGUCAUCGUGCGAGCCGAAAUCGCCCAGAUCCAACGCACCAUCAAGCUCGAACUCGAAGGGUCUAAGCAGACGUGGUGGGAUAUGUUCCGAACCGCCGGUAUGCGCCGUCGAUUGCUCAUUUCGGCCUUUUUGGGAUUGUUCACCCAGUGGUCGGGCAAUACUUUGAUCUCAUACUACUUGAGUGACCUCCUGGAAAUGGUCGACAUCACCGACGGAGUAGUCAAGUCGAAGAUCAACAUCGGCAUUGCAUGCUGGGGUCUUCUCUGUGGCACGACGCUGGCGCUGACCGUUGCUCGAUUCAAGCGACGCACAAUGUACCUAACCUGUGCCUGUUCGUUGCUCUGUGUGUAUGUCGCCUGGACCAUCUCCAUGGAACGCUUCAUGAGUACCCACACCAAGGACGCCGCCAUCCUGACCAUUUUCUUCAUUUUCUGCUAUUCGCCGGCGUAUAACCUCGGCUAUAACGCGUUGACAUAUACCUACCUGGUUGAAAUUUUCCCCUACUUUGGUCGCUCCAGAGGUAUCUCGUGGUUCCAGUUCUACGGACGAGGCGCGAGCUUCUUUGCAACCUAUGUGAACCCAGUCGGCCUGAAGAAUAUUAGCUGGAAGUGGCUGCUGGUUGGCUUUCGAGUUGUGUUCGAGGGCAAGGAAAAGGCAAAUGAAGUGGCUGCCGCUGUUCACAAGCAGCUUGGUCAGGGUCAUGAGGACAAGGCGCAGAAUGUCCAUGUCGAGGAGACUUUGAGGGCAUGA